UUCUUGUCUAAUAUUGCUUGUAAGGUAAACAUUUCACUUUUUCACUCGUUUUAGAAACGAUUAAAUCUCAACAGUGUUGUUGCCAGCUAUUUAUAACUUAGCUGCUUGACCAUAAUGUAACACAUGAUGAGGAAUUAUAUGGGGAUGGAGCUAUUUCUUUUGACCGUUGCACCUUUGCUUGCUAUACUAGUUCUCACGAAAGUCAUCGCAGAUCAGAUAGUAGACAAUUUAAUCUUGGCGCUGAGUGAACUGUUUACCAUCAACCCCAUUACUUUCUACUGGAAACUUUGUAUUGGACUGUAUGUUGUGUUUCUUACAGUGAUUCAACGAAUACGGUCAAAAUAAAUCUGAUUGAUUACUGUCUGGUGGAAACUCUUGAUUAGAUUAUGUGAAGUGUUGCUACAUUACCUCAACGCGUCAAUGGUCAGUGUGAGCGAGGGUUCUAUAACAGAGGAGGUGGUCAUCAGCAAGAGGGGAGAGGGGCAGAAGACGGAGGAGUUUGUCGGUGAUACCCCGGUCAAGAGCCAGGCCAUUGGGGAGUGUGUCCAGAUUCUUGAGCAGGUCGUCAUCCCCUCCAAGUCAAGCAGUUGGAGGUCUUCAGUGGGUAGACCUCUUCCCCGGGGUAACUCGCUGCGUCCUUCACCCUGGUCACACAUGACUGGGGCUGAGGACUCUCACGCUGAGACCUUGUCAGAAGCCAGCGAAUACAACGUCCACGUCCAUCAAAUCACCAACAGCUCGCCAGCUUCUGACGAGGUUUGUAAGGAAGGUCCUGGGCUCUCGGGGAACAUCGCAUCCAUCGUGCAGGAGGCGACUGAAGAAUUCCCUCAACACGACACCGAUACUUCGCCGAGGUCAAGCUCAAUAAGGUUGCGGGUCAAGGUCAGUGUGGAGACUGGUCAAGAGAAAGAUCUGGACAAGAUCUCGGUGUCUGGGGAAGAUGCGAAGUGCUUGUUUGGUUUGUCUGUUGACCAGUCCAGUUUGACCCAGAGCCACAGCAAAGUGACUCUGAGUAUCAGAAACAAGGGUUUAGAUACACCUCACUUUGAAGGGGAUAUCUCUGGGCAGAUAGAAGCACAAAACAAUAUGACAUCGGAGCUUUCGAGCAAGUACAUGACUAAAACAGCAACAAACGAUGACGAGUAUGCCAAGACCCCUACGACAAAUAUUCAGGAGUUUGAUGGGACAGAAUCUCAGCCCAUCUCAUAUCAUCAUUCUUCAAAAUCUGACCCCAGCCCCCACACUUACAUUGAGUGCUUAUCGAGCAGUAUGUCAUAUCGUGAUUUAGAGAAGGAAGUGAACAUUACAGACUCUGUUUAUGAGAAGAUUCUGCUGGCAUCAUCGCAGAAAUUUCUGCUCAGUGGUCCUGGUGCUAUUUCUCUGAAAACUAAAGAACUAAUCAGUGAGCACAUUUCAAACAUUCUCACAUCAAUUUCUAAUAAACAAGAAAUAUGUUCAGCUUCCUACCACUUUCAUGUUAACGGAAUGUUCGGGAUGGAGGAGAGAGUAAAAGACGUCCAGACUCCAAUUGCCACGCCUAAACAAAUGCAGCUGACACCUCUACAGAUGUGGGAGGGUACAGCUAUUCUUUUCACUCAACCUUUACCUCCCACCCUGGAGAUUGUAUUUUAGCGUGUGGUCCCAAACCUAGCGUGCUGGGGUACAAAAGCAAUGCUAGUUAUACCACGGUUAUCUCAAUUAUUCGGACAGUGAUAGAGGUGGAUUUUAAUGGAGAUAAUACGGUAACAAAAUAAAAAUGUCCAUUCUACUUAAUUUUUCAGCAAUAUUUUGCAACAAGUUUGAAUAAACCUGUGUGAAAAAUUGCUGAAACUUUUGAAUUUAGUUGCUAGUCUCAAAACGGGUGUUUAAUGACUUCAUUUCACAUUGUAAAGAUCUUUAAUCAAUUUUGUUUAAAAUUUAUUUUUGAGAUAUUUUGUAUGAGUAAUUCAUCAUUAAUAGCUUUUUUACAUUUACUCCAUGAAUAAACCAAAUGUUUUGCAUAUUUAAUAAUGUCAUGUUAAUCUACAAUGUUCGAGUAAUUAUUUUUUUAAUUUAUUACUAGCCUGAUUAAAAUAAAAAGACCAAGAAAAUUAAUUUUUUGUAAGAGCUUUUAAUUUUUAAAUCAUCUCAUUGCAUUUAGUAUUUACAUUGAAUUUGUUGGUUCAGCAAAUUGCACCGUACAAUUUUAAAGAUUCUCCAAAUGCAAAAUCACAUGUUUAAUCCAUGUAUAUAAGAUGUUUUUAUUUUUAAAUUUAUCUUUGCAUUUAGUAUUUACAUUGCAUUUAUUCGUUUGGCGAAUUGUAGAAAUACAAUGUUAGAGAUUAUUCAAAUGCAAAAUAACGUAUUGUUUCAUCCAUAUUUUUUAAAUUUUUAAAUGAUCUUUUUCCAUUUGGCAUUUACAAUGCAUAUCUUUGUUCGUAAAA